AUGAUGUGUGUUAUCAAACAGAUAGUAGUGGUAUUUGUUUUACUCAUCCAUUGCAGUAGUUUUAUUCAGUUUUCGGGUGCACAAACAUUACUUCCAGCUGAUCUUAGUUCUAUUAGAUGGAUCAUUCGUCAAUAUGGUAGCAACAUAGUUGAAGAUUCAGUGAGUAUAUGUGCAUCAGGUGCAUUUGUUUGUACAAAUAACCGUAUCACAGCAGUCAAUCUUAGACCCGGGACAUCUGGGUUUAUAGCUUCUGGUGGUCAGCCACCUUCUCCAACAACCAACAUUGACCUACAGCUAUGUACUCAAUUUGUUAUUCAACCUCCCCAAUCAAAUAAUUAUAGAGGCGACCCAAGUCAAAAUAUACUUUUAAAGAUAGGAACAGGUCUUCCAAUAGUAAACAUUUUUUGGAUUUUUGAUAAAUUAAUCACUAUAUUGCCAGCUGGAUUCUUUACACAGCUCCCAAGACUUGGGCUUCUUUCCAUGGAGCUUGGUAUCACCACUUUGCAAGACAACCAGCUGACCCUUGCACCAUCGACACCGAUAUCACAGAUAUCACUAGAACUCUACUCUUUGAAAUCCUUUCCAGCGUUUCAAACUGCCGGCAAUAGUUUGAUGACUUCAGUCGGUACAUUUACCAUGUACUUUAACACCAGUGUCUCUGAUAACCCGGUUACAUUCAACAUUAGCAGCUCUAUUUUCAAAAACCUAGGUGUAUUGGAAUUGAAAAACAUUAGUCCUAAUCCAGGCACUGUAUCUGUCAUUGCAAGUUGUGAAGACAUGUUUGUAUUUAACAAAAUUAUAUAUAUUGCUAAAAUGAAAUCUUUAUCUAACCAUUCCACCUAUUAUUAUUUCUUUUUGUGUAUGAGUAGAAAACUAUUAACUGAAAAUGAUCCUAAAACCUCUAUCGACUUGGUUUCUUUGAAUCCAGAUGCUGUCAAACAGCUUAAAGUUAGAGGAAGGUUAACGAGUACACCUCCAUUACACCAAUUUAACAAUUUAUAUAAACUUAUUUUCGAGUAUUCUGAUAUUGGAAAUGGUUACCCUUUCACAAGUUUUCCCCCAAGUCUAACACAAUAUGUAAGACAAUAUUCAAAUAUUACAACGUUUCCAUCUACUCCAAAACCAACAACUACCUUUAAUACAUGGGUUUAUCAUCACUUGAGUGGCAUUGCAACUGUGCCAUGGGCAUCAUUGAUACCAGACAACACAUCAAGAUUACUCGAUUUAGAUAGCGGUAAUCCAGGUAUUGUGGGAACCGUUCCAGAGUAUUUCUGUAUCAACAAACUCUUUAUCACAACUACUAGUAUCACCAAAGUACCUGAUUGUUAUUGGUGCAAUUAUAAUGAUCAAACCAUUUUUAAAACUAGUAUGCCAUUGCCCAUUGGAUUUACAUGUCAACCAACUUUGGACCUUUCAACGAUUCAUACAAUUGGUUAUCGUGCCAAUUUGACCGGAUCGCUUUUAGGGUGGGGUAACAAUGGACUACAUCCAACUCAAGGCAAUUAUACUCUUACUCCAAUUGUUCCAAACAAAAUAUUAGAAUUAUAUUAUAAAACUAAUAAUGGUAGUGAGGAAACUGUUUCGAUUAAAUUAAAUGAUAAAGAGGCACACACUGUUGGGUUUACAAUUCAAGAAGUUGGCAUUAUAUUCACAUCUGUCAAUGUAACCCAAAACCCCAAUCAAAUCAUUUCAUUCAAUUGGUCAUUUUUAUUCUUUAAUCCCACUCUACUACACAAUUUCACACUGCUUCCUUUAUCACUUGGACGUAGCUGCAAAAAUUUGGCAACGAUUUACAACAAUAAAUAUGGAAAUGCAACUGUACGAUGUGAUUUAGAUGUCAGCCAAUUAAACAUCAUGUCAUUCAAUUUUUUGGUCGCAAAUGCUUAUAACCAACAAACAUACAAUGUUCCUUUUAAGUUAUCAGGACAAGUUGACUCAACAAAUCAAAGUUUGGUUUAUUUGUUUGGUGAUUUUAGACAAAAUCAUUCUUUGGCAAAUAUUACAAUUAACGAUAAAAUAGCAUGUAGUGUUGUAUCAUCGACACCAGAUUCAAUUAAUUGUACUUUAUCAGAGAGUGCAAGUUAUGGUCCUGCAAGUGUCUAUAUUGUAGUUGAUGGAUAUUCAUUUAUUUCCAAAGACUUUUUAUAUUUCACAGCUCCACCAAAUAAUAAUGGUUCAACAACAACUACUGGUGGAUCAACCACAACAACUACCAGUUCAACAACAGGAGGAGGAACAACACCACAAACACAAUGUCAAGAAUCAACAUCAAAUUGUUUUGGACAUGGAUCUUGUGAUGUUAAUGGCCGUUGUCAAUGUGAUAAUGGUUAUAAUCCACUUGAUAAUUGUUUGACUAAAUUCACCAACUCGACACCUAUUACAAAUACAACAGCACCAACAUCAUCAUUUGAAAUUGAUGGAACUAAAUUUGAUUUUGAAUUGGUUGCUAUUCAAGAAUUGGAUAAUGAAGGUAUUGUCAUUGCAGAGUUACUGACAAACAGUUGGAAUGCAACUAUUACCAACAGUGAUGGUUUAACCCUUGUAGACUAUCAACUUGUCAAUAUUAGUAAUGCACUGUACAUUGAUACAAUAGUUCAAGCAAUGAUAUCAUUCUCAACACAACCAAGAGAUAUCCAAUUUGGAGAUCAACUACUUCACAUCAAUCCAAACUCAAUCAAACUAGCAUUGAAUAUCACCAAUUGGCAAUACAAUAAUCUAAUAUCAACACUUCGAGUUGUAUUUAGAACCGAUGUCAAUAUGAACCAAACGAUUGAAUAUGAUUGCAAACAACAAUCGAUAUCAACAUUCUCAUACGAUCAACUAUCAUCAACCAUUCAAUAUCUCAGAGUAAUCAAAGAUAAUAUCCAAUACAACGGUCGAUUCAUUGAUUAUGUAUUAUCAGAUGGAAGACCAACAUUCUCCAAAACAACAUUGAUCAACCAAACAACCAGUCAAUCAUCAUCAACACCAACAACCAUGUCAACAUUGAUUGGAGUAUCAUUACCUCAAUGUCAAUCAUGUUUACUUGACCCAGAUUUCACACCACUUUUAAUCGACAAUACUGUAAGUGACUGUGGUGACUCAGCCAACAGUAAAACAUGGAAGAUUAUUGUUGGAGUUGUCGUUGGUGGAUUCGCUGCCAUUGCCAUCACUGUUGGUGCUGUAAUGUUAUUGAAAAAGAAUGUUACAGUGAACAAACAAAAGAAAGCAAUGCAACAAAAACUACAAAAUAUGCAAUAA